AGAAAAUGAUAUAUUAUAAAAGACUAAUUUUUAAACAAUUUGUCCUAGUCUCAGGUCUUUUUGGCCCACAGUUUCUGAGUUAUUUGCUGAAACGUUUCACGCAUCUUUGUAGAGCUUUGUAUGGAGACGCCAUAUUGGUGCACAGUUUUGGUGCACCAAUAUGGCCGCCGAAAAUCAACAAAAACAUCUGGAGUUCACUUGUUCUAUAAAAGCUCCUUCUUUUCACUCGAGAACUAGCCUACGUGCGCAUAAACAUAUCUUCUAAUACUUGAAAUGGUUAUACUACUGAAAAUCAAGAGGAGAGACUCUUUUUCAAGGAGACAGCAUUCCUAUUUUGGUGUCACGCACUCUGAAAACUCGGAAGUUCAAAUUGCUGUAUUUUCGAAAUGAAACAUGCUAUGGGACUGAAAACUUGUACAAAGAUAAACUUUUUGUUUAUCUUCAACCUACUGUAAAUAAGAAUUCGUAAAACCUCGCUAUUUUGACUUUACAAUUUGAUGACAAUAGCCAAAAAUAGCCAAAACCGCAAAACCGAAAAUCCCAAUGCCCCCUCUAUAAACAUUCACGGGCCGGAAUUUCUUUCAAGAAAUUCUACUCUAUUUGAUUUUGUUUUUGCAUUUUUUAAGUCAUAAAGACCACAUGAAAUGUUGAAUAUAUUUCAGUCACAAUUAAAGACGGAUUAAAUGAAAUUUGACCUUGUUCUAUGACACGGUUGUUUCACUUCUUUCCCUUAAAAUUCUUGCUUCUAAAACAAGUUUCAGAAAUAUUUCAAUCAAUAAUAAAAAAAAUAGAAUUCCUUAUUACAUAAAAUAUAUCGUCGCUUUGGGGAGAAAUAAGUAUAAUAUAGAUAAAUAAACAAAUAAAGCAAAUAAAUAAAGAAUGGAUCGGUCGAAACCGGACGAGAGAAUAGAGAAACUGGACAUUAAGCUUAACAUAAGAACUAGUUAUAAAUUAGGCUCGUCAUGGCUGUUAGGCGACGGGAAAGUCCGCUAAACUUGUGUCUUGUCGCCAUGAUCAUUCGGUGUUUUUGUGCAUCCAGUAGUGUCCACGCAACACCCGAUAUUUUUCGUCCUUUGUUGUUUAUAUCACAAAUGCUGCUGAUGGAGAAAAGUUUUAUUUUUCUCGUUCAAGAAUUGUAAAAACCAUCACUUUUUGAACGCAAUGCAAUCACUGUAGCUGAAAACAUUCUGAAAACCGAGAAACAUAAUAAAGCUGAAAUUGGAAAGUCUGAAUGAACAAAGUCAUUGAUACUUCGAAGUUCUUCUAUGAAGCAGAUGUAAAAGGAAGUCUACUGAAAAUUAAAAAAAAAAGCAUAAAGCUCGUGCAUGCGACCGCGACUGCCAAAAUUCAAACAAAAACUGGACAAUUGAUGCGUUAACACGCAACACAAAGUAAAAUGUAGACUUUUAUUGAAUUAAAAGAAAACAAAAUGAAGAAAUACUGAAAUGAAACACAAUGUUAAAUGCCAGUUUUUCUUUUCGGACGACAUGUGCUAUUUGUAGAAUAUCUUCAGAACUUGUCGAGAAAUGUGCAGUUGAAGACGGGAACCGCAUCCAUUGAGGUAAGCUUCAGUCUAUUUUCUAAAACUAGGAAUUAUUUUUAAUGAAUAAUAAAACAGUUAUUGGAUUUGUGUAGGUCUUUUAACCGCUGAAAUUAAGGAAGGAAGGAAGGAUGAAAGGAGAUAGUCGUGGAUGACAAGACAACAGAUGUGCCCCCUACAGCAAAGUGGUGCCGAAAUGAACAAGAAUAUUGCACUCACGUUGGUCAUGAGUCAUAGUAAGAAUAUCACUGAAAUACUAAGAAAUAAUGUACAAGGAAAAAUCACCCCUCACCUCCAUAUCAUUCUUGUUAUUAAGUUGUAUAGUUUUCAUAAAUGCGUUUUGUUUUAAUAAAAAAUAUAGUUUAUUAACCCUAUGCGUGUCAUGUAAGUACGAUCUGAUACAGAAAUGAAUUUACUUUUCUUUCUUUCAUUUUUUUUGCUUCUGUGGUAACGGCAAGUUUCUGUUAUUACUUACAGUUCUACGAAACUUAAUCCUAAGCAAGUUCCGCCUUUGGAGCUCAGCCGCAUAUCGUCUAUAAGAUAUAAACUAAGGACUGUUUAAAUCCUUCAGACUCAAAUAUAAGGACAUGUAAGGGUAAAUAGAAAUCUAGACAUUCGAGUUCCAACGAAAGCAGCCACAAACUCACUCGUUCAUCCAGUAGAAAAAGGAUCAGAAUCUUCGCUUUCGGGAUAAGUUGAACUAUAUAAUAAUAAUCCCUCUCACAGAAACAUUUUAUUGAGAAGAUAUUUCCUCUACUAUUUGCAUUAAUUUUUGACAGCUAUCUUGUGACAGCAAAUAAGUUAUGAGAAAUAACAAAUAUUAUUCUUCCUUGUCUCAGGUUUAGUAUAUUAAUUCAUAUUCCUGGCAUGGUUUUUAUCUCCCGGUUAGCUCCGUUGGUUUAUUGCCCUUCUGUUAAGCGGAAGUUUUGCAGCGGUUUGAGCCCGCCAGAACGCCAGCUA